GCGCCCGCGCCGGCCGCGCCCAAGGCGCCCGCGUCCGAGGCGCCCGCGUCCAAGGUGCCCGCGCCCGCGCCCGCGCCGGCCGCGCCCGCGCCGCCGGCGCCGCCCGCCGCUCCGGAGGCGCCGAAGGCGCCCGCCAAGGCCGAGUCGUUCCUCUUCGUCGACGUGCCGGCGUCGCCGCCCGCGCCGUCGGCGAAGAAGGCGGCGCCGGCGUUCCCGGCCGAGGCCGCCGCGCCGCCGGCCGCCGUGCCCGCCCAGGCCGCCGCGGCCCCGGCCGCCGAGGCGCCCGCGGCCCCGGCCGCCGCCGAGGCCGCCGCGGCGACCCCGCCCGCCGAGGCGCCCGCGGCCCCGGCCGCCGCCGAGGCCGCCGCGGCGACCCCGCCCGCCGAGGCGCCCGCGGCCGUGGCCGCCGCCGAGGCGCCCGCGGCGGCGGCGGCCGCCGAGGCGCCCGCGGCCCCGGCCGCCGCCGAGGCGCCCGCGGCGGCGGCGGUCGCGUCGUCGCUCAACGCCGACGCGCCGGUGUGGACCGCGCCCAAGUACCCGACCGCCCGAGCCUUCGAGCAGCUCCUCGCGAAGAACCAGCGCGCGGCGGAGAAGAAGCAGGCGAAACACCAGGCGAAGAAGGAGAAGCACGAGCGGGCGAAGGAGAAGCGGGCGCUGGCGAGGCUCGCGGCGAAGCGCGCCAGGGAGGCCGACGCGGCCGCGGCGUCGCCGCCGAAGCAGAUCCUCGCGCGCGGCUCCGCGCCGCCGUCCCCGGCGAACGCCGACGAGGCCGCGGCGCCCGCGGCGGCGGCGGCGGUCGCCGCGGAGACGCCCGCGGCGGCCGCGGAGGCGCCGGCGGCCGCCGCGGAGGCGCCGGCCGUCUCCGAGGCUUCGGCGCCCGCGCCCGCGGAGGCGCCCGCGCCGGCGCCUGCGGAGGCCGCG